CUUCAUCAUGUGCUGUAACACUUGCAGGGAACACUCAGAAACUUGUGAUUUUGAUUGAAUGAGAAUAUCUUCUUGCACAUAGAUACAAAGAGCUCAUGUGCAAGUGCAAUGUUUCAGUAGAUCAGUAAACAAGCUUUCUGGUGCUUAUCAAGCGAUCUGUUUCUAUCUUUCAAUAUUGUCAAAAAUCUUGGGCUUUAAAAAUGAAACUUGUCUCUGGACUGCUUGUGAUACUUUGCUGGCUGCAGCUAUCAUCUGCUCAAGACACAGAAAAUCCAAAAUACGGAGAUGUUAUAUUCCUAUUGGAUAGUUCAGACAAUAUGGGAGUAAAAUUGUUCAACCUGCUAAAAUCCCACGUAUCAAGAAUAAUUAGUCAAAUACAAAUAGGUGCUGAUUUCUAUCGUAUUGGUCUGAUACAGUAUAAUGAGGACAUUGACAUCGGUUUCUCUUUGUCACAAUUCAAGACAAGAAACCUAAUGAUAAAUUAUAUAAAAAAUAAGUUUUUGUUUCAAGGUGGGUCAUUAAUGACUGGUAAUGCCCUAAUGAAGGUCCAUGAAGUCCUUCUGUCAGACAAAAAUCGAAGAGACAAGUCAAAGUACCCACAAGUUCUUCUUGUGUUUACAUCUGGAUCCUCCAAUGAUGAUGUAAAUCCAUCAAUUUCUGCUCUAAAACAGGACGGCAUUCAAAUUAUUACAGUUGGAGUAAAAGACGCUUCUUUAGAUGAAAUACAAGCAAUGGCAACAGCUCCUCAACUUGCCUUUAAGAUAGACAAUUCUGGAGUCUUAAACACACUUUCAAAGGAUUUAGUCACCACCAUUCAAGAGGUAGUUGAGAAGACAUAUUAUGUGGAAGGAACACAAGAAAACUUUGUGAUUACUAGCACAGCAACUCCAGCAACAACCUCAACAGCCUUUGGUUUCCUUAAUGCCACAGAGAACGUAACAGCAGCUUGUCUCCAAGGUUUGGCAACAGAUAUAGUAUUUAUGGUGGAUAUAUCCCAACACAGCCAAUUAGAAAGCAGCCAUCUGAACAACUUCUUGAAGAAAAUUGUAUCUGGUCUAGAGAUCAGUGAAAAAUGUGUUCACAUAGGAAUAAUGGUGUUUGACCGCAGUGCAAGAGUAAUAGCAACCUUGGAUACAGGGGACAACAAAACUCUUGUGGAACAGUUAAUUGGAGAAUUAAAAACUUCAAAAGAAAAGAUUUCAAAUAUUGGAAAGGCUAUUCAUUUCACAAGAACUAAUGUGUUUGGUGGAAAGCAGUUCGAAAGAAGAAGCCAGGGAACACCAAAGGUAGCCAUCCUGGUAACCCACAGAUCUUCUGCAGAUAAUGUUUCAGAAGCAGCUCAGCUACUUCACAAAGAAAAUAUCAAAAUGUUCACUGUUGGGAUUGCCCAAGCCAAUGAGACACAAAUGACCCAAGCUGCAUCCUACCCAAUUGAUCGCUAUUAUCUCAAGGUCAAGACAUUUGCUGACCUUUCAUCACAAGCUGAUAUUUUAUUGAAGAAGAUUUUGAAUGUUAUUGAUAUAAAUUUUGCAGCACCUGAGAAAACAUACCAGAUAAGAAGAGGAUGUUUAAACACAGAAUUAGCUGACAUAUACCUACUCAUUGAUGGCUCUGGAAGUAUAGAACAAAUUGACUUUCAAGACAUUAAACGUUUUUUGGAAACUCUGGUGGGAAUGUUUGACAUAGGUCCUCAGAAGGUCCGCGUUGCGGCAGUACAAUAUGCUCAGCAGAGACAACUGGAGUUUGGCAUUGAUAAUAAAUACAAUAAGGACAGCUUAAAGCAAGCCCUGCAAAAUAUCCGACAGCUAGGAGGAGGAACAGACACUGGAGCAGCUAUAAACUUCACUCGACAAAUAAUAGUGGACCCAAAAAAUGCCAGGGCCCAGGAUGUGCCCAUCUAUCUGAUAGUCUUAACAGAUGGUGAAUCCCAAGACAGUGUAAAGGAAGCAUCUGAUGUCCUCAGAGGAGACAACAUCAAUGUGUACGCUAUUGGCGUUAAAGAAGCUAACCAGACUCAAUUAAUGGAAAUCACCGGAGAUCCUAAAAGGGUCCAUUUUGUAUACAAUUUUAACUCUUUGAAAGACUUAAAAAAUGUAUUAGCUCAACAAAUAUGCUCUGCUGAAGUUUGUCAGGAUGUAGCCGCAGAUGUAAUGUUUCUUGUGGACAGCUCUGGAAGUAUAAAAAUGGAGAAUUUUAACAAAAUGAAGACAUUUAUGAAAACUCUGGUGAACAAGACAGACAUUGGACCAGAUAAAGUACAGUUUGGAGUUGUCCAGUUCAGUGAUACCAACAUGGAAGUGCUGCGUCUAAACAAGGACGGAACCAAAAAUCGUAUUUGGGAUGCUAUAGAUAAAAUGCAGUACAUGGAAAAAAGUACAUAUACUGGUGAAGCCUUGAAGUUUGUCGCUAAUUAUUUCACAGAGGGAAAAGGCGCUAGACCAAGAGUGAAAAAAAUCCUAAUAUUAAUAACAGACGGAGAAGCAAAUGAUGAGGUGAAAAUACCUGCACAAUCUCUGAGGAACAGUAGUGUGAUUAUCUUCUCUGUAGGUGUUUUCAAUGCAGUUAAAUCUCAGCUGCUAGAAAUCAGUGGGAAGGAGGAAUUGGUUCAUUAUUUGGAGUCGUUUGACACUUUGAAGAAAAUAGAAGAUGAACUUGUAUUUGAAAUCUGCAGCCCUAAAGAAGAAGACUGCCCAAGAGUACAGUUAGCAGACAUUGUAUUUGUGAUUGAUUCCUCUUCCAGCAUAGAUGAUGAUCAGUUUAUUAAAAUGAAAAACUUUAUCAUUGCUCUUAUCAAUAAAUCAGAAGUUGGUCCAAAAAAUGUUCAAUUUGGAGCUCUCAAGUACUCAGAUGAUCCACACAGAAUUUUCUAUCUAAACCAACACAGCAGCAAACAGAGUGUUGUAAAAGCUAUACAAGAUGCACCCAGAGUUGGAGUCAACACGUAUACUGCCAAGGCCCUAGAAUAUGCUAAAAGUUUUUUUACAGAGAAACAUGGCAGUCGCAGUAUUUCAGGGGUUGAUCAGAUUUUGAUCAUUAUAACAGAUGGCGAAUCUCAUGAUCAUGAUAAGCUAGGUGAAGUAUCUAAAGCUCUUCAAGAUGCCGGCAUCAUUUUAUAUGCUAUUGGAGUUGACAAGGCAAAAACCAACGAACUGGUAACAAUGGCCGGAUCAAAAGGGAAAUGGUUUUUCGUUGAAAAUUUUGAUGGACUAAAUAACAUUCUCACAAACAUUUCUGGUGAUGUGUGCAAUAAAACAGUAUGUGAAGUAAAAGAGGCGGAUGUAAUAUUCUUGAUUGAUGGAUCCUCUAGCAUUUCAAUAGGAGAUUUUGAAGAAAUGAAAAAAUUCAUGAUCUCCGUUGUCGAGGAUUUUGACAUCAGCCCUAGCAAAGUUCAUGUGGGAGUUGCACAGUAUAGUCAUAACUACAGAGUGGAGUUUGCGCUUAAGACUCAUAGAGAUAAAAGGUCUUUAAAGGAUAAUAUUGAAAAAAUCCCUAAGCUACGUGGCACUACUCAUAUUGGAAAGGCCCUCACUCUGACAGAUGCUACACUUUUAAGUCCAUUUGGCAAUAAUAGCCGUAUAAAGCAAGGCAUCCGUCAGGUUCUUCUGGUGAUAACUGAUGGUGUUUCACAGGAUGAGGUAGCAAUUCCAGCACAAACUCUGAGAAAAAAAGGUAUUGAUAUAUAUGCUAUAGGAGUGGGAGAUGUGGAUGAAACUCAGCUUCUUCAGAUUGCUGGCUCACCAGAAAGAAAGUUCUCAGUUACCAAUUUUAAUGGCCUGAAACACGUCAAAGAGAGAAUUGUUAGAGAUACCUGCACACAACAAACAACUAGCAAUUGUUCAAUUGAUGUUGUGGUGACUUUUGACAUUUCAGUCUAUCCAAAUGGGGCUAAAUUAUUCCAUGGUCAAAGUCAUCUGGGAGCACAACUUAAUAAAAUCUUAAAAAACAUGAUGGAUGUGAAAUCUGCCACAUGCGGCCAAGGUGUAAAGCCUCAAAUCAGCGUAGCCUUUUAUGUGCCAAAUGCAGAAACACCAGUUUCGCCCCUCUUUCAAAUCUACAGCCCAGAUAUUGCUCUGAACUUGAGGACAACCAAUGUUACCCGUCCUUCAUAUCUCAAGUCACCUAUUAUAGAGUCUAUGUGGGAGAUUUUUAAAAAUAAAGAUGCAGGGAAAGCCAAAAUGUUGCUUGUCUUUACUGAUGGCUUAGAUGAUGAUGUGGAAGAUCUUGAAGAGACAGUAGAAAACUUAAAAAAGAAAGGAUUAAGUGCAUUGGUUACUGUUGCACUUGAAGGAGCAAAGCAUUAUGAUGACAUCAAAUACAUAGAAUUUGGCAGAGGCUUUGAAUACAACUAUCAAAUGUAUAUUGGAAUGCCAGAUAUUGGUGAAAGACUAUUUAAGCACGUGUCCAAUGUUGUUGAGAAGACAUGUUGCUGUUUGUUUUGUAAAUGCACUGGAGAAAGGGGUAGUCCUGGACGAUUUGGAGCACGUGGAAAACCGGGGCUACCUGGGCGAAGGGGAGUUCCAGGACAUUCUGGGGAAGAAGGGGAAGAUGGUGCAAGAGGAAUACCUGGCCCUACAGGAGAACCUGGUGAUAAAGGAUGUGCGGGAAUCAGAGGUUCUAAGGGAAACAGAGGGCUGCCGGGAGAAACAAAUGAAGAAGGGGAGAAUGGUCUUGAUGGAAUUCCUGGAGAACAGGGAACAUCUGGAAAACCAGGAAGCAAAGGAGAGAUGGGUGAAAGAGGAGAAGCAGGAAGUCCUGGUACAAAAGGACCUCUAGGAGAUAAUGGAGACAAAGGUUUCAGAGGUGACUCGGGAGAGCCUGGGCCUGAUUCCACCAUUCCUGGGCCUAAAGGGUAUAAAGGAGAACCUGGAAUUGAGGGAGAAUCUGGAAAGCCAGGAAAACCUGGGCAGUCUGGAAUUAGAGGAGCUGGAAAUCUCCCUGGUAGACGAGGAGUUACAGGAAAACCGGGAAGAAAAGGUGAACCUGGUCUGCCAGGCUUUAUGGGUGACCAAGGCGCAAACGGACCACAGGGAGCUGCAGGAAGUAAAGGCUCUAAAGGUGAAAAAGGAGGGCAAGGACUAACCGGACUUCCAGGUGCUUUUGGUACUAAAGGUGGCACAGGAGAUCGUGGGAAUGCUGGAACCAAGGGGAAAAAGGGAGAACCUGGAGAUCCUGGUGAAAUUGGAAUCCCUGGAACAAGCGGACAAAGGGGACUUGUGGGAGAAGAUGGAAAGCCUGGCGUUGGAAAAACUGGCCAAAAAGGAGCAACGGGUGAUCGUGGAUUUCCAGGACUCGGUGGACUAAAGGGAGUACAAGGAGAUCCUGGAGCAUCUGGAGAGCGUGGUCCAAAGGGAUUCCCGGGAAGAACAGUAACUGCAGGUAAAGGAAAACCUGGAGAUCCAGGACAACCGGGACCUCCUGGACGAAGGGGAAGAAAGGGGGAUAAAGGUCAAAGUGAACAAUCGCCAUGUGAACUGAUUGACUUUAUACGUCAAACAUGCCCUUGCUGCCAAGAAAAAGCUAUGUGUCCUGCCUACCCAACAGAACUGGUCUUAGCUUUGGAUAUGGCCAAUGGUAUGACACCAGAAAUCUUCACAAGGAUGAUAGAGAUGGUCACAUCACUUCUGAGCAGCAUUACAAUCAGGGAAAAAAAUUGCCCCGUUGGGGCAAGAGUAGCAGUGGUGUCUUUCAACACACAUACCAAUCAUCUGAUACGUUUUGCUGAUUUCCGCAGCCAAGAACAGCUGUUAUCAGCUGUGAAGGAAAUAACUCUGGAAAGCUCUGGUCGUCGUGACAUCGGAAACUGCAUGAGAUUUGUAGGCAGGAAUAUCUUCAAGAGAUCUGUCCAAGGAGCCACUGUAAGAAAGAUUGCAGUGUUUUUCACCAAUGGUCCUUCCGCAGAUGUUGUUUCCAUAAAUACAGCAGUGAUGGAAUACAGCGCUCUUGGGAUUAUACCAGCAGUUAUUGCAUUCACCCCUGCACCUGCUAUCAAACGGGCCUUUUCGGUAGAUGAUACAGGAACUUUUAAAUUGAUUGAUAUUCCUCUAAGUACUGAUUAUAAACCACUAUUAAGAACGCUACAAGCCUGCACCCUUUGUUUUGAUGAAUGUAAGCCAGAUCCCCAAUGCGUGAACAGACCUUUACUCCAGAGGCCUCCUAUGGAUAUAGCAUUUCUGCUGGAUAGCUCAUACAACAUGAGGCAAGAUAACUUUGCAGCAGCCAAAGGGUUUAUUAGUACAAUGGUCGACAAGCUUACUGUCUCAAGCACUGAAGAUCGGGUAGCUCUAGUAAGCAACACACCCCCUAACUUUAGGCCAAGUAAUAAAGCAAGCCCUCAUGUUGAGUUUGAUUUAUCAACCUAUGAUAACAAUAUACUCUUAAAGAAGCACCUAUUGAAUGUCAAUCACCUGCAAGGCCCACCAGCUCUUGGCUUUACCUUACAAUGGACAAUUAAGAACAUUAUGUCCAAAGCAUCAAAUCCAAGGAAGCACAAGGCUAUCAUCAUAAUAUUAUCUGGAGAGACAAGUGAAUGGGACAAACAAACACUUGCCCAAGCUUCCCUGAAUGCCAAGUGUCAAGGGUAUCCAAUAUUUUUGCUUUUGACGGGUAAAACAUAUAAUGAUACUGAAUUAAUGGGUCUGCCAAGCAUUCCCGUGGAUCAUCACCUUCUGCAGCUCGGUAGAAUUCACAAACCAGAGUUUGGAUAUGCGCUUGGAUUUACACAUUCUUUUUUGAACUCCAUAAGGCGAUCAAUAAAUAAAUAUCCACCACCAGAAAUGAAUUCGAAAUGUUCUGCUAUUGGCAGUACCCGGAUGAAAAGGCUGUCAUCAUAUGAAGAAGAACUGGGAAGUGAACUGCACCACCGUGCAUCAAUAAACUGGAUGGCCAAAGAUGAAAGUGGUGACUUUAACAGCAUGGAGCCUCAUUUGUCACUGACACUCGAUACAGUAAGCUCUCAUAAUCAAAGUGAACUACCCAAUGUUUCUGGUAAUGGAGAAGAAAGGUGAAUAUCUAAUGGAAUUUGAAUACAGAAUGUAAGAAGAAUACAGAUUGUGAAGAAAGAUGAAACAGGUUAAGUCUCAGGACAUCAUGGAGCAGAAAUCAAUGUCCCCCAAAUUUAUUUUAAAAUGUUUGUUUUUUUUAAAGCAGGGCUGGACAGAUUACAGUACCCAAAUAUCAAAUGUUCCAAUUACCUUUUUGAGCCUUUUCUCUUCUGACUAGACUGACUGACCCUACCAUGUGUUCUGCAUUUAUUUGUAUACCCCAGCUUCAAAAAUAUGAUUUCAAGAAAAAUAAAUAUUUUGAUAAAAAAAAAUUGUAGUGUGUUUUAUAAAUGCAUUUUUUUUUCAAACCUAUUUUGAUUUCCAUAUUUUUGUACUUACAUGUUUCAGAAGUGAAGGUAAAACGUUGUCAGCAGUUUUGUUCCCAACACUGCUGUCAGUGGAAACAACAUACAGUGAUUCAGUAUACAAUACUACAAUAAGUUAACUUUUAAGAAAGGAUCUUAACAUGUAAUGUGAUUUUCCUGUGCUACAUAAAGAGUAUAAACAGUUUAAAGCGGAUGUCCGCUAAAAAAAAAAAAUAUUUAAAGCCAGCAGCUACAAAUACUGCAGCUGCUGACUUUUAA